UUCGACUCCUUCUCCCAAGCACUCGAGUUCAUCGCGUCUUUCCCUCUUCUCCAGUCACUCUCCAUCCACGACGCGAUUUGGACAGAUCCUCGCAUGGAUACACACCCACUACCUAUCAGCCUACAUCAUCUAACAUUGUGCGACUGCUAUCAGCGGGACAUCUUCGACUGGCUGUGUUUCCUCGAACCCAUCCCGCUGAUACCGCACAUUAACCUCGGUUAUUCUGUACGACCCGCUGACACUCAAUCCAUUGGGACGUACCUCUCCCACCUCGGAGACGCACUACAGACCCUCACGUUCGGGUUCUGGUCAUUCGACGCUGGAGGUGACGCAGAGGACUUUUACCUCGCGGUGAACUUGGGUUUGAAUACCGCCUUGCGCCAUCUGAGGGUCGAUUAUUUCAUCAGUAACGUGGAGGUGUCGCAGGUGACGAGUGCUGGGCCAUGGGUCGUAAAGAUCCUUCACCAAUUAAAUCCCGCGGCGCUGGAAAGGGUCGAUUUGGGGAUAUCACCCUGGUCAGUAGAUGAGUUGGACGCGGAGGCUGAUUCUAUUGACUGGGUGGACCUGGAUCGGCUCUUCUCGGGGCGGCUGGGAGGAGCACGCCUCAGGUUUCUGGUAUAUGGCCAUGUUGAUUUUGAGCAGGUUUGCAGAGCAUUGAAGGACAGACUAGCGUCGUGCAGUCAGCGAGGUAACCUUCUGAUUGAGAGAUGCUCUGCU